CAUCAACUGAUUGUAUUAGCUGUUACAGAGACGUGGAGUUAAGAGAGAGUCAGUUUACAGCUUGUUACAGUAACGCCACCUUAUCAAAUAUGAUAUAAGCUUCAAAUGUAACUUAUGGAGUUUUUUUUUAUGACUUUGCGAUUUAACCACUGAGCGGCUUUCAAAUGACUGCGUUUGGUGAUAAUACCUCAAUGACAACUCCUAGAGCUUCCUCAUCAGUCGUGUAAAAGGGCCCACUGUAGGGUUAGCUGCUGUGGAGGCGUGAUUUUGUUGUGUUUUGGAUGAGAAUGGCUGAAAACAUGUCGCCUGUCCCUGUCCUGCCGCUGAUCAUCAACUGUUUGCUGUCACUACUGGGCUGCAUGGCCACAUUGAAGCUCAUCCCUGCCUUCAAAGAUCAUUUCAUCUCAGCCAGACUCUACGGGAUGGACCUGAACAAAACUCACAAAAAAGAAGUCCCAGAGUCCCAAGGAGUCAUUAGUGGUACUGUCUUCCUCAUCAUCCUCUUCUGCUUCAUCCCAGUGCCUUUCCUCAGCUGCUUUGUGGGCGAUCAGUGCAAGGGCUUCCCUCAUGAUGAGUUUGUACAGCUGAUUGGUGCAUUGCUGGCCAUCUGCUGCAUGAUCUUUUUGGGCUUUGCCGACGACGUGCUGAACCUGCGCUGGAGGCACAAACUCCUCCUUCCCACCAUGGCCUCUCUGCCGCUGCUGAUGGUCUACUUCACCAACUUUGGCAACACAGUUAUAGUGGUUCCCAAGCCCUUCAGAGCGCUGCUUGGGAUGCAUCUAGAUCUGGGUAUCCUCUAUUAUGUCUACAUGGGAAUGCUUGCAGUUUUCUGCACAAACGCCAUCAACAUCUUAGCAGGCAUCAACGGCAUCGAGUCGGGUCAAGCCCUGUUUAUCUCCGGCUCCAUUAUCAUCUUCAACCUCCUGGAGCUCAGUGGGGAUUACCGGGAUGACCACGUCUUCUCCCUCUACUUCAUGAUUCCCUUCUUCUUCACCACGUUAGCACUUUUUUACCACAAUUGGUAUCCCUCCUCUGUGUUUGUGGGAGACACUUUCUGCUACUUCGCUGGGAUGACCUUUGCUGUGGUCGGCAUCCUGGGACACUUCAGCAAAACCAUGCUGCUGUUCUUCAUUCCUCAAGUGGUGAACUUUGUCUACUCGCUACCUCAGCUUUUUCACAUCAUCCCCUGUCCCAGACACAGGCUCCCCAGGCUGAAUCAAGACACUGGCAAACUGGGGAUGAGCUACUCUAAGUUUAAAAAGAAAGACCUAUCCCAACCGGGACAUCUCAUUCUGCAGGUGGCAGAGUUAUUAAAGGUGCUGGAGGUGCGUCGAGGACAGGAUGGAGAUGGAGAUUUUAUUGAGUGCAACAACAUGACUUUAAUAAACCUCAUACUGAAAUUCUUCGGGCCGAUCCACGAGAGAAAUCUCACAGUCAUCAUGCUCAUGAUUCAGGUUAUGGGCAGCGCAGUGGCAUUUGGGAUUCGUUAUCAUCUGGUGCGUCUCUUCUAUGAUGUCUAGACCCCUGUAUUAAAGCCCAGGAUAUCUCACGUCAAUGCGGAAAUAACUGACAGGCUUGUGUCUGUCAUUUUUCCUCCUGAUGGAAAGCCAAGACCGCUUAGUUGGAACGUUUACUUCAAGCAUCUCGGCAGCAGGACUGAAUCCAAGAAGGAAAUAAAACAUAUUGCUUAAUUUAUUGCAAAAUCCUAAAAGUAUAUAUUUUUACUUUUUUUUUUUUUUUUUUGAAGGGUGCCACCUAUCUUCAGUGAAACAUGUGACCAAUUAAUACCAUUUGAAAGCAUUUUAUUUGCUUUACAUUAUGGUGAACCCUUGCAUAAAAUUGCUGUUGAUAUAAACAGAAAGGGAGGAACUCUUCACCUUCUGUUAUAAAUGAAAACCCAUAAAUUAUAAGUUGGGUUUUAAUCCUUUUUUUUUUGUUUGUACUCUUUCCUGUUUUGCUCUGAAUGAUAUAUGACUGACUGCUGUGAAGAAAUGCAGUUAUAUAUGAAUAGGCUCCAGUUUUGAGGGUUAUAAUAGAAUGUUGAAUGGUCAAUGAUAAACAGGCUUAUUAGAAAGGAUCAACUUUAAGGAAAGGUUGUGAACUUGGCUGGCAUCUGGAUUCUUCUCUAAGAAUGUAAUAAAAACUGAGGCACUGUUUGUUUUGUU